UCUCAUGCCAAAAUCCAUUCCUCAGAAUCUCCCCCAUUUCCCCUCUCUCUCUUCUCUCCCUUUUUCUUUGUGUGUCUCAAUGUUUCUUCCUCCUUGUCUUCUUAAUAUCUUCGACCAUUCCCUAUCAAUCUCCAGCAAUGGCGAUGGCAAGGGCAAUGGCUUUUUCACCAUUCUUUCUUUUCCUUGUUUCUCUUUGUCUCAUCAUUGCAAAUGGCGUUCACUCUUUUGGUGAGAAGAAGACUCUCAAAGUGCAAAAGUUGCAGGCAAAACCGCAACUUGGUCCCCUAGGUUGUCUCCUCCCAGAAUCAAGAAGGGAGAAUGGAGCUAUUGUAAUGGAAAUGAAGGACGGGGUUCGCUGCUCAACGAGAAAGCUUGAUUGGAAUAGGAGGCUUCAGAAACAGCUGGUGUUUGAUAAUCUUCGCGUACGUUGGAUGCAAAACCGAAUCAGAAAAUCGGUCUCUGGUCAUAUUGAGGACGUUUCAGAAACCCAAGUUCCAUUAACUUCUGGUAUAGUUCUCCAAACUCUAAACUACAUCGUUACAAUGGGAUUGGGUAAGCAGAACAUGACAGUGAUUGUUGACACUGGAAGCGACCUUACAUGGGUCCAAUGUGAACCUUGCAAGUCAUGUUAUGAUCAACAAGGACCAUUGCUCAAGCCUUCCACAUCCCCUUCAUAUCAAUCAGUUCUGUGCAACUCAACAACCUGUCAAUCUCUUCUUCCUGCCACUGGAAAUUCAGAAACAUGUGAAAAAAACAUACCAACUUGCAAUUACAUGGUUAACUAUGGUGAUGGGUCCUAUAGUAAUGGUGAACUAGGUAUGGAGCACCUUAGUUUUGGAGGCAUAUCAAUAAACAACUUUGUAUUUGGUUGUGGUAAGAAUAACAAAGGUUUGUUUGGAGGAACCUCAGGUCUGAUGGGCUUGGGAAGAAGUAAACUCUCAGUGAUCUCACAAACUGAUCCUAUAUUUGGAGGAGUUUUCUCUUACUGUUUGCCAACAACAGAGGAUGGAGCUUCUGGGUCAUUAGUUAUGGGUAAUGAAUCUUCAGUUUUCAAGAAUGUCACUCCCAUUGCUUACACUGGAAUGGUUCCUAACCCACAGCUAUCUACCUUUUAUUUUCUGAAUCUCACUGGCAUUAAUGUCGGUGGUGUUGCCCUUCAAGCUCCAAGUUUUGGCAGUCGUGGGGUAAUAAUUGACUCUGGAACAGUGAUCACAAGGCUUGCUCCAUCAGUCUACAAGGCUCUGAAGGCAGAGUUCUCCAAACAGUUUUCUGGUUUCCCUUCAGCACCAGGGUUUUCAAUUUUGGAUACAUGUUAUAAUCUUACUGGGUAUCAAGAAGUAAACAUACCUACCAUAAGAAUGUAUUUUGAGGAUAAUGCUGAGCUGAAUGUGGAUGUAACUGGCAUACUCUACAUGGUAAAAGAGGAUGCUUCGCAAGUUUGUUUGGCCCUAGCAAGUCUUUCUGAUGAAUAUGAAACUGGAAUUAUUGGGAAUUAUCAGCAGAAGAACCAGAGGAUAGUAUAUGAUAUCAAACACUCAAAAGUGGGAUUUGGAGGCGAGCCUUGCAGUUUCACAUGAAUGGAGCAUUUCCUAAAGAAUGUUUAAGGAAAAACUUAGGGAAUGUUUGAUAUGGGAAGAGAAACAUAAUUCGUUUCUCUGACAAAAAAAUUGAAAGAUGUAAUAUUUUCAUGCUGUUGUUAUCUUCACCCAACAAUUUUCUUUUUUAUAAUUAUGUUUUCAAAAAUACAAGGAUUACUAAUUUAUUAAAUUACUAUAUAUUUUUAAAUUUCAUUCA